GGCCUCUUUAUCGGGUUGAACCCGACCACCUUGACCCAUGGUAAAUCUCCGGCGCUUACAGUGCGGGCUUGUUAUCAUACCACAUGAGCGGCCUGUGGAGCUUGAAAUUUGGUCAAGUCGCGUUUGAUGGCCGCCACGCCUGUCACGAAUACAGCCGUGACAUGAAAGUGAGACUUGCAACUGGAGGCGGCCACGGCCUCUCGCCGGUCCUACACCCGACGAUUUGCGCGCAUCGCCAAACAGGACAAUGAACCUCGAGUGCGAAUGUAAGUCAGGUCGAACCAGUAUAAGUUGUUUGCAUCCCUUCUGUGAAAUGCAAAAUAAUUACCAGACAGCUUCUACAACAACCACAACAUCUCAACACAACCACAACCACAAAACACUCUUUAAAACCCACACACUAAGUUCUUCAACUUAAACCUUCAAUAUGCGUGCCACUGCCACUCUCCUCUUCGUCGCCGGCCUCGCCAGCACUGCCCUCGGCGCCGCCACCAAGAUGUACGACGACGAGAACUGCUCCAACGAGGUCGACAAGAAGGUCUUCAACGGCUUCUCGACGGGCGACGCGCCCCUGACGGACAACAUCAAGGCCAUCAAGGUCGACGCCAUCUCGGACGUCUGGUUCGCCUACCAGGACAGCGACGGCGACGACUGCAAGGGCGACCUGCUCACCAAGCUCGAGGACGACAAGUGCAUCAAGGUCGCCGAGCUCGGCAUCGGCUGCACCCGCCUGUGCGCCGGCGGCCUGGGGGGCGGCGACUGCGCCUCGACUACCGCUUAAGGGCAGCUGGUACUGCCUUGAUGGGGAGUUGUUUAUUGGUGAUCAUGGAGUUAGAAGCGAGCUAGACAUAUAUGGAUAAAGUUUGAAACGUG